AAGAGGCCAGACAGCGACAUGGGGAAGAUGGCGGCAGCCGUGGGCUCUGUAGCGACGCUGGCGGCAGAGCCAGGGGAGGACGCCUUUCGGAAGCUUUUCCGCUUCUACCGGCAGAGUCGCCCUGGGACCGCAGACCUGGGAGCGGUCAUUGACUUCUCGGCAUCCCGCGGCUCGGGGCCUGGUGCCCGCAAGGUGGUUAGAUUUCAGCUGAGUGUGUCUUCUGUCAGUGACCACGAUGCACAUAGAGCAGGACUUCAGCCAGUCAGCAAGUGGCAAGCUUAUGGACUCCAAGGCUAUCCUGGAUUUAUUUUUAUCCCAAACCCCUUCCUCCCAGGUUACCAGUGGCACUGGGUGAAGCAGUGCCUUAAGUUAUAUUCCCAGAAACCAAAUGUGUGUAACCUGGACAAGCACAUGACCCAGGAAGAGACUCAGGACCUGUGGGAACAGAGCAAAGAGUUUCUGAGGAACAAAGAAGUGAAUAAACGGAGACCCCGAAGCUUACUAGAGAAGUUGCGCUGGGUGACUCUAGGCUACCAUUACAACUGGGACAGUAAGAAAUACUCAGCCGAUCAUUAUACACCUUUCCCUUCUGACCUGGCUUUCCUCUCAGAGCAAGUAGCCGCAGCCUGUGGAUUUCAGGGUUUCCGAGCCGAGGCAGGUAUCCUGAAUUACUACAGAUUGGACUCCACACUGGGAAUCCAUGUAGAUAGAUCUGAACUAGAUCACUCCAAACCCCUGCUGUCUUUCAGCUUCGGACAGUCUGCCAUCUUUCUCCUGGGUGGCCUCAAAAGGGAUGAGGUGCCCACAGCCAUGUUCAUGCACAGCGGUGACAUCAUGGUAAUGUCAGGUUUCAGCCGCCUGUUGAAUCAUGCAGUCCCAAAGGUCCUUCCAAGUCCUCAGGGGGAGAGCCUGCCGUGCUGCCUAGAGACUCCUCUGCCCACCGUCCUCCCCAGAGACUCCGUGGUAGAACCCUGCUCCGAGGAGGACUGGCAGGUGUGCACCAGGUACUUGAAGACUGCUCGUGUGAACAUGACUGUCCGACAGGUACUGGCCACAGACCAGGACUUCCCUGUGGAACCCAUGGAGGAGAAGAAGAGAGACAUCACCACAGAAGGUUUCUGCCACUUGGAUGACGAGAAUUGCCAAGUAAAACGAGUGAAGUUAAACCCUGACAGCUGAGACUUGGGGAGCCCGUUCUUUUCCUCAGGCAGGUCUCACAGUAGAUGACCAUGCUUUCUUGUAUUGCCAUAGACUUUAACAUCAAGACAAGCCAAAAACAGAGACAGGGAAAAACUCAUCAUGGAUCACAGUGUUGCCUUGGAACCCAUCCUGAAGAGUAAAGCAGCUAGCCACUUCGCUCAGAGAUGUGUUGGACAUGGGCCAGUCUGGUUAGAUGUUGGUUCUGUUGUAUGUGAGAAGUCCAAGAAGCAGCCAGAACAGCCUUCCCAGCCUCUACCAUACCUCUGAGAGAGGCAGAAGUGAGUUGCCAUGUUAUUGGAGCCUUAAAUACCUCAAAUUUUAUUAAUGGGAAACCUGACACCCUUCCUGCUACCCCUUCUAAUGAUUUGUGAUAAAAUCAUGGUCCCAGGAACCAGUCAGUAGGCUCCUCCUCAUUCUUGCAGCCGCCCAGUGAUCUUUUCUCCCGUCUUCUCUGGCCUUCACAGAAAAAUCCUAUACACAUGAAGACAAUGGAACUAGAAACCUCGUCUCCUAGGAAAGAAAUUAAUCACAGCUCUCUCUUACCUAAAAGAUAAAAUAUAUAUAAAGCCACAGGAAGAGGAGUGGUAGUUUCUCCAGAUUUCCUUUAGGUCUAAACUCUUCCUGUUGGCUUUUUAAUGCAGUUUUAAUUGUUGGACUAAAAAAGCCCCAAGGGUGUUCUGUAACUGUUUUCUCCAUGAAUAAAACUCUCUCUUUUAAAUUAAA